CAGAGAUGCGGGGAACACUGCAGCCCUUUGGGGUCUGGCGGCUGCUGCUCCUGCUGGCAGCGAUCCCACUCACACCGGAACGAGAGGCUGAGUGUCUGGAAACAAUCAGGAGGGAAAACCAAAGCAAUGAGUCUCCAGAGUCUUCCAGCUGGAAAGGCUGCCUGAGGGAGUGGGAUGGCGUCAGCUGCUGGCCGGCGGUGUCAAUUGGCCAGUCCCAAGCAGUGACCUGUCAAGAGGUCCUUCAAGUAUUCAAGAAAUCUCAAGUGUUGAUACGCAGGAACUGCACAGAGUCUGGCUGGAGCAGCCCCAGCCCCCCGUACUAUGCCUGCGAGCUGGAUGGCAGCAAUAAGGACACAGAAGCCAAGGGGGCCUACUUUGCUACCGUGAAGGUGCUUUAUACCUGUGGCUAUUCCACCUCCCUGGCUGCUCUGCUCCUGGCCAUCGGCAUCUUCUCCUGCUUCAGGAAGCUUCACUGCACCAGGAAUUCCAUCCACAUCCACUUCUUCGCCUCCUUCCUAACGCGGGGAGCUGCCGUGCUCAUCAAAGACUCCGUGCUCUUCGCGGAUGAGUCCAUCGAUCACUGCACCAUGUCCACAGUGAACUGCAAAGUGGCCAUUGCCUUCUUCCAGUACUCAGUGCUGGCCAACUUCUACUGGCUCCUCGUAGAGGGGAUGUACCUGCAAACACUGCUGCUGUUCACCUUCACCUCUGACAAGAGGUAUUUCUGGUGGUACACCCUCAUCGGCUGGGGUGUCCCUAUGCUCAUUGUGAGUUUGUGGAUCUUCACCCGGCUACAAUACGACAACCAUGGGUGUUGGGAUGACUAUGCCAGUCUGUACUGGUGGGUGAUCAAGGCUCCCAUUCUCUUUGCCAUCUUUAUGAACUUCCUCAUAUUUCUGAAUGUGAUCCGAAUGUUAGUGCAGAAGAUUCGAUCCCCUGACGUCGGCAAAAACUACAAGCAGCAGUAUAUGAGACUGGCAAAAUCCACACUGCUUCUCAUCCCCCUCUUUGGGGUUCACUACGUGGUGUUCGCCCUCUUCCCGGAACAUAUUGGCGUUGAAGCAAGACUCUAUUUCGAACUGGUUCUUGGCUCCUAUCAGGGGUUCCUGGUGGCUCUGCUGUACUGCUUCCUGAAUGGGGAGGUGCAGGCUGAGAUCCAGAGGAACUGGGGCAAAUGGCAGUCGUCCAUGGAGAGCAAUGUCUUCAACCUGGUGACCCAAGACUUUACAGCCUGA